CAAGUGAAUUUUCAAUGUAUGAUUCUCUCAUGGAUAAUCAUUCAUCAAAGAGAAUUAAGCUCGAGAUUGCAGAAAGGCCUUUGAACUUUGCAAUAUCACCAGAUGAACGUGAUAUCCAGUCAGUUAAAAAGACAAAAAUACCAAGGGAUCCAAUGUCACACAGAAUCAUAGAGAAGAGGCGACGAGAUCGCAUGAAUAACUGCUUGGCAGAACUCAGCCGGCUUAUCCCACCGAGUCUUUUAAAACAGGGUCAAGGUCGUAUAGAGAAGACGGAGAUUAUAGAAAUUGCAUCCAAGCUUAUACGAAACCUUUUGAACUUGCAUAAUUUUAGAGAAAUGAUGGAGAAAGAGUUAUCGUCGGAUUGUGGUGGAGCAAACCCAUGCUGUCAAGAAAAGUUUUACAUGGGAUAUAAAGAAUGUCAGGAGGAAAUUCUGCGACAUUUAAUUGACACUGAAGGGAUGGAUCUUAAAAAUGACUUCUUUCAGAGAAUUACAACUUUUUUAGAUCAAAGCAGUAAGAAACAUCUUAGAUUAUCAAAAGGAGAUUUUGUAAAAACUGCAUCUAAUAUCAAAGAUGUAAAGCCUAAUGAUUCUUUGACGUCAGAAACACCAGUUGCAAAUUAUAGCACGCAGAGCAAUGGUCAAAUGCUACAAGGCAUGGGAAUUUCAGAAAACAACAUUGCAAUGAUAAAACAAGAUGAACAUCUUUGUACCCUGCUGAAGCGAACAGAACAAACUUCCAGCCGUACAUCAGGAUACAGCAGCAUCAGAAGCCAGUCAUUGUCAGAAGGAAGCGUAUCAUGCAUUACACUACAGUCAGUUCAGGGAGAUACAGCAGAUAGAGAUGAACGUAACGGCUCUAGAGGCAGUUUAUACUCCAGCGAGGAGAAUUCAUCCCAAGGCAGUAAUGGCAGCAAGAAUGAUUACCACAAGUCACAAGCUUACAAAUUUAAGCACAAUAUAACAAAAAGGUUUUCUAAAGAAAGAAGUCCUUGGGAUCCAAAAAGUGAAAAAUCUUCAGAUUCAAUGGAGGAUAAAAAUGAACAAGGAAAGCGAAAAAUAAUCAGUUAUAGUACUUCAAGUCCCAGCACUGAAUACAGUCAAUACUUAGGAUCUGAAAAUAGUUCUUCAAAUAGUUAUUGCAAGGAAAAUAAAAUUCAACAUAAUCAGAAUGACUUUGGGAAGGAUGGUCGUUUUGAUUCAAAACAGGUGCCUUUACCUGCCUUUGUACUUCAUCCUCUUGGAACACAUUAUGUUCCCGUAACAAUACCUCCUACAUAUUUCAAAAGUGUGUUUAAAGACGAUUCCAAGGGAUCAACAGCAUAUCAUCCUAUUAGUAUCCCUGUCAAUUUCUGUGGUCCAAGUGUUUCCUUAAACACACAAGGUAGAACAGCAGCUCAUAUGUGA